AAAAUUAUAACAACAAUAAAGCAAGUCGAAGUGUUGGUCAUCCUACCAGCGGCGCCUCAACAAAUCAUCCUCCGCACACAUCGAAACAUUUCCUCCUCUCCCGCAGCAAUGUCUCAUCUCGAGCAGGAACCCGGACUGCAGGAUGAUGAUCCUGCCAUGCGUGAGGUGCGAGCCAUGUCCACAGAUGACAUUGUCUCCCGCACGCGCCUCCUGGAGAACGAGAUCCGAAUCAUGAGGCUGGAGCAGACACGGAUAACACACGAGAUCCAGAACCAACGUGACAAGAUACGUGAAAACUCUGAGAAAAUCAAAGUGAACAAGACUCUUCCCUAUCUGGUGUCCAAUGUGAUUGAGAUCCUUGACGUGGAUCCCAAUGAGUAUGGUGAGGAGGACGGGGCAAAUGUGGACCUGGACUCACAGCGGAAGGGGAAGUGUGCCGUCAUCAAGACAUCCACCCGCCAGACUUACUUCCUGCCUGUCAUUGGCUUGGUGGACGCCGAGACCCUCAAGCCGGGGGAUCUGGUGGGGGUGAACAAGGACUCCUACCUGAUCCUGGAGACACUGCCAGCUGAGUACGACUCUCGGGUGAAGGCCAUGGAGGUGGACGAGCGACCCACAGAGCAGUACAGCGACAUUGGAGGACUGGAUAAGCAGAUUCAGGAGCUGAUUGAGGCAGUGGUGCUCCCUGUAACCCACAAGGAGAGAUUUGAGAACUUGGGUAUUCAGCCUCCCAAAGGAGUACUGCUAUAUGGCCCGCCAGGCACAGGUAAGACACUGUUAGCCCGUGCCUGUGCUGCCCAGACCAAGUCCACCUUCCUGAAGCUUGCUGGCCCACAGCUGGUGCAGAUGUUCAUAGGUGAUGGAGCCAAGCUGGUGAGGGAUGCCUUUGCACUGGCCAAGGAGAAGGCACCAGCCAUCAUCUUCAUUGACGAGCUAGAUGCUAUUGGCACAAAACGGUUUGACAGUGAGAAGGCCGGUGACAGGGAGGUACAGCGCACCAUGUUAGAACUUUUGAAUCAGCUUGAUGGUUUCUCCUCCACCACUGACAUCAAGGUCAUUGCUGCCACCAACCGAGUGGACAUCCUUGACCCGGCACUGCUGAGAUCAGGUCGUCUGGACAGGAAGAUCGAGUUCCCUCAUCCCAACGAGGAAGCAAGGGCAAGAAUCAUGCAGAUCCAUUCCAGGAAAAUGAACAUUGCACAGUGUGUUAACUUUGAGGAACUGGCACGCUCAACUGAUGACUUCAACGGAGCACAGUGCAAGGCUGUGUGUGUGGAGGCGGGUAUGAUUGCACUCCGUCGACAGGCAACCACAGUGACCCACGAAGAUUUCAUGGAAGCCAUCAUGGAGGUACAAGCCAAGAAGAAGGCCAAUUUGAACUACUAUGCCUAGUGUGUUUGUUUGUGUGUGUGUGUGUGUGUGUGUGUGUGUGUGUGUGUGUGUGUGUGUGUGUGUGUGUGUGUGUGCACAACAUUUUUCAGUGCUGCUAGUAUUAUUUUUAUCAUUAUUAUUUUGUGUAUUUGGAAGAGAGGAACUUUUGAAUAAUUAGUGUGUGUGUGUAUGUGUGAUUGUGAGUUUUUCUUUAGAUGAGAAAGCCUUGUUUAUUCAUUAAUUAAUACACAAUGAAAAAUA